AUGCUGUCUCAGUUUAUCCACUCGCAAGUCGCAGAAAUCAGAGAGCAACCCUCAUACUACAACUUUCAACGCAACCGCGUGAUGCAGCCUGCAGUAGACCUAGUUCCCUCCCUGUCUGUUACUAUCUAUCUAUCUAUCUAUCUAUCUAUCUAUCUAUCUAUCUAUCUAUCUAUCUACGUGUGUCAGUAUCUAUCCCGGUCUUUUCAUAUCUAUCUAUCUAUCUAUCUAUCUAUCUAUCUAUCUAUCUAUCUAUCUAUCUAUUUCCGUGUGUCAGUAUCUAUCCAGGUCUUUUCAUAUCUAUCUAUCUAUCUAUCUAUCUAUCUAUCUAUCUAUCUAUCUAUCUAUCUAUCUCCGUGUGUCAGUAUCUAUCCCGGUCUUUUCAUAUCUAUAUAUCUAUCUACAUCAGUUGGUUUCGUUAUCUAUCUAUCUAUCUAUCUAUCUGUCUAUCGAUCUAUCUAUCUAUCUAUCUAUCUAUCUAUCUAUCUAUCUACUUCAAUUGGUUUCGUUAUCUAUCUAUCUAUCUAUCUAUCUAUCUAUCUAUCUAUCUAUCUAUCUAAUCGCAAUUUUCUCACUCUCUCUCUUCAUCUCUCUCUCUCUAUCUAUCUUCCAUCCUUACAUAUUUGUUAUUUUUCUUACUUUUUUUCUUUUCCCUUUUUGUGA